AUGGGUGAUUUACCCGGUGAUCGCGUCCAACCGGGACGAGCCUUUUUUAAAUGUGGCAUAGACUUCACCGGUCCAUUUUUAAUUAAGUCUAGUACAUCGCGUAAAUCACCGAUUAUCAAAACGUACGCAUGUAUUUUUGUGUGUUUAUCAACCAAGGCCGUACAUAUCGAAGCAGUUAGCGAUCUAACGACAAAAGCAUUUUUAAACGCGUUAAACCGGUUUUUCGACCGCCGCGGUAAGAGCGCUGUCAUAUAUAGUGAUAAUGCGACUAAUUUUGUCGGCGCUAAUAGAAAACUAAAAGAAGUACAUCAAUUAUUCCAAUCAAAACAAGAAGAAUUACAACGACAUUUUACUAAUGUUGGUGUAAAAUGGAUAUUCAUCCCUCCGCAUUUGUCACUCUUCGGCGGACUGUGGGAGGCCGCAGUCAAGUCUAUGAAAAUACUAUUAGGAAGGGUAAUAGGCGAAGCUCACUUAACUUAUGAAGAGUGGUGUACUGUAUUAACGCGCGACGAAGCAUGCUUAAACUCGCGUCUCUUAACCACUUUAUCAUCCGACCCUUCUGAUCCUAGCCCCCUCACCCCCGGGCACUUCUUGAUAGGAGACUCUCUAACCGCGUCACCAAAAGAUAUAACCGCUACGCCAGUUAAUCGAUUGACACGAUGGCGUAGAGUCACCCAUUACUCUCAACAAUUAUGGCGUCGUUGGAGUAAAGAAUAUCUGUGUCAGCUUCAGGAGAGGUCCAAAUGGUCCAAGGAGAAGGGUCCCAAGUUGAACGUCGGAACAGUGGUUCUAGUGAAGGAUGAUAAUCUGCCUCCAUUACAGUGGCGAUUGGGAGUAGUCAAUCACGUCUUUCGAGGGUAAGACGAAAUCAUUCGAUCAGCCGAAGUAAUGUCAGCUGGCCGUAAGGUAA